UUGAUUUUUGGGAUGGUUGUUUUUGCGAUUUGUUUUCUGUGAACCUGUUUGAAAGCAAGUCUUCGUAUUAAGAAGAGCAGAGUAAAAAAUGCUGUCAUUAUCAGAUGCUGCACAACUUGAAUCACUUGGUGACAAAGCCGUCGCUCGAUUCAAGCCAUGGUGGGAGGUUCUUACAUUUUACAGCCUGAAUGGCCUGUUGAUGGCAGUUCUGUUUGCAUUGGCAGGCAUUACCAUUUCUGGUACCUAUAACAUCUGGUGUUUUCCAGAGGGAAAUAAUACUAAUUUGGAUUAUACAGUGAUGAAUUAUGCCAGCUCCCGAUGCUCAAGAAUAUUUGAAGGAGACUAUCUGAUAUAUUUCCCAUAUUGGAUGUUCUUGGAGUGGAGCAUAUUCUUUGUCAUCCAUUUGCUAUGGUUUAAAUUGCCUGCAACAUUUUUCUUAUUCCAACAACUAUCGGAUGUGUUUGCUGAAUUCAGUGCUAUAAAACCUGUUGAAUACAACACUGAAAAACGAAUUUCAAGAGGUAAUGCUGGUUUGAGCAGCAAAUUGACUGGUCUUCAUCUGAGACAAAACAAGGAAACCAAACAAAAAGUCAGAAAUCUGGUUGACCGCCUCCUGGAAAUAGUCCAAGAAAACAACCAUUUAGUGUUUAUGUACACUGUGAAGGCAAUCUUUCUCUGUGUUUCGAAUGCUGUUGUGACUGUUGUGUUAGUUUUGUGGCUCUAUGGUCGACAAUGGCAUGCAUCAUUCCCCUGUGAUCUAUCCAAUCACAUCCCUCUCAUAUACGAGUAUUUAACAUGCUCACUUCCUGCAGCACCCUUUCUUUAUGGAUUGAUGAUCUGCAACAUUAUACUUGCUUUUUGCAUUUGUGUUUGCAAUAUCUUCGCGCUAAAGUGGGUGAUAACAUUUCGAUUAUCCACGUACUCGCAUUACAAGAGCGCUUUCCAAAAAUGGACGUCGUUCGUCGAUAAAAAGGGGUUUUUGGAUUUCUGUUUUUGCCUGGAUUUGACCAGCUGUACUAGCAAAGAUGGUAAAAUACUGGGAGAUACCAUCUACUCCAGUCUAAAGCUCUACCAGAAAUCCGAUAAACAUACGUCACACGUAGAACUUAUACAGGAGAUCAAUAAAAAAGCAAGUUUUUCGUCCAUGUUUCACCAAGGAGAGGUGAUAGCCACUGAGCUAGGACUGAAAAUUUUGGAAGGUAAUGUGUCGGAUGAUUGUCUGUUUAAUGCUAUAGCAAAGGUAAAUGGCAUUGAAACGGAAAACGUUUUCGAUGCAAUCGUCCACGAAUUGACAACUAAGAUGCACGUUUACAAGGACCUCGUUGACCUCGAUCUGAAUUGUCCCGGCUUUGAGGAGUGCGUUGGAUUGAUACGAUCAGAAAAGAAGACCCCAAAAGAAUUUUAUCAUUUUGCACUAAUGGCUGCAUGUAAUGCGUUCAGUGUUGAUAUUCUUGUCCUCAGUACUGGCGCUAAGUGUUGGCAUUACAAGGCAACCGACAAUGGCGACACGGCUUCAUCUACGCCGACUAAAUAUUUGUUCUUCAUCCAUCCAAACUAUUACACGGCCGUUAUAGAGGAGGUGAAUGAAGAAGACAAGAGAGAUAAGAGACGGUCGUUUAUCUCUGAUCCUGACUAUCGCAAACAGCUUCAAAAUCAAUCCCGUACCUCUUGGGAAGAUGUUGGAAAACGCAAAUACCAAAAGACAAUGAAAGAUUUGAAUCCUGAAAUCCUGUCUUAUGGAAAAGCUACCGUUCCACCAACCAAAGCGCCGACCAAUAUUUUGGCUGAUUUAUUCAAUGAAACUGGGAAAAAGAUUUCCAGACAGAUUUUGAACAAAAUUUACAUUCCUGGUUUAACCAACCAGCAGCACUAAAAUGAAACAAAAUGUUUUCCUUAUUCUUAAAAUUU